AGUUCGUACGGCAGAGCGAAGAGAUCGCCGUAAAAUCCGGACAUAUCCGAUCCGGAAAUAUUGGACGUCCGAACCGCAACGUCAGCAGCAAUGUGUUGUUCACUAUACAAUUUUUUUUCGGCUUUUCUUUUUUUUUUUUCUGAACACACCAUGGCUGACCAAGAAACACGCCCUGCCGUUGCUACGCCUGAAGCGGAAACAAAGCCUACUACAACAGAGCCUACUGUUGAUGCGACCGCACCAGCAGAGAACGAGUCUAAAUCAGCCAACGCCACCGGCGACGAACCGAUCACCACCGUCUUCCAUGACCGUCUUAACUACAAUGUCAAGCAUCCUCUUCACAACACUUGGACCUUGUGGUUUGAUAAUCCAGGCAAAAAGGCCAAUGCCCAAUCUUGGUCGCAAAACUUGAAGGAGAUCGUCUCCGUAGACACUGUCGAAGAUUUCUGGGGCGUGUAUAAUAACAUUGUCAAAGUCAACCACCUCGACGUCAGCUCCAAUUACCAUAUUUUCAAGAAGGGCAUCCGACCUGAGUGGGAAGAUGCUGCCAACGCCAAUGGCGGCAAGUUCAGUAUUCAGUUACCCAGAAAUAGAACCGGCGAAGCUAUCAACGACUAUUGGCUUUACACAAUUUUGGCCAUGAUCGGUGAACAGUUUGCCUACGAAGAUCAAAUCUGUGGCGCGGUCGUAUCCGUCAGAAAAGUGUUUUAUAGAAUUGCUGUAUGGAUCAAGAGCUCAGAUGACAACGAGAUUAUAGAGAAACUAGGUCGCCAACUGAAGGAGUUCCUGAGCGUACCGAAUAACAUUCCUGUCGAAUUCACUCCUCACGGCGAUCACGGUCCCGCAAAGGGCGCUAACAAGAUCACUAUUUAAAAAAAGAAAAAGGAAUUAGCGACCAUUCUAUGCUUUGUUUGUAAACUAAAACAUUUAAAAACAUCUACAGCGUGAAAAAUACGAGAAAAACAGGUUGAUGAAAUCAAUGUGAAGAAGGGGAUGAAGGGUCCUGGCAAUAUGUGGAGU